AUGGGUGUGGUGUUUUCAGUGACGUCAGAGGUGGUUAAGCCGGUAAAUAUGUAUGGAGGAGACACAUCAAAGGGAAUAUUUAACAUGAAGCCGAGGUGGAGUCCAACAACUGAGCAGCUUCAGAUCAUGGAGAAAAUAUUUAAGCAGGUGACACCGAAUCCAGACAGGAAAAUGAUAAACGAGAUUACUGCGGAACUCGCCAAUCAUGGAAAUAUUUCGGAGAAAAAUGUCUGUAAUUGGUUCCAGAAUAAGCGUGCUCGGUCCAAGAAAAAACAGCCCAAUGCGCAUUCGAACCACAACGCGAACAACGCAGCAACGAUGAUGCGCGGGAAUGUCUCCAUGACCCAAAAACAAAUCGAGACUCUGAGGAUACAAAUUGCUGCUUACGAAACCCUCUCUGAACAACUCGCUGAGAAGUACAGGGCACACCGUGCCGCUCGCCAAGCUCCUCCUCAAGUGACGUCAGAGGUGGUUAAGCCGGUAAAUAUGUAUGGAGGAGACACAUCAAAGGGAAUAUUUAACAUGAAGCCGAGGUGGAGUCCAACAACUGAGCAGCUUCAGAUCAUGGAGAAAAUAUUUAAGCAGGUGACACCGAAUCCAGACAGGAAAAUGAUAAACGAGAUUACUGCGGAACUCGCCAAUCAUGGAAAUAUUUCGGAGAAAAAUGUCUGUAAUUGGUUCCAGAAUAAGCGUGCUCGGUCCAAGAAAAAACAGCCCAAUGCGGUUAUUGCAAAUAAUGUUAACACUAAUGGCCG